AUGCAGUCUUCUUCUCGCGCUUCUUUCUCCCCGCGCCCUCGCGGCGCUUCGUCCUUUCCGUCGGGCGUGUUCUCUCCUUCCUCGUUUCCUUCGCUCCUUGCGCCGCCUGUCGACCGCCGUUUUGCUUCGCGUUUCCUCUCCUUCGUCGCGGGUUCUCCCAAGCCGCACUUUGCCUGGCCCCCUUCGCCCACGCAGAAACGGUCCGAGCAAGACGCUUUGCUCGCUGUGGCGGGAAACGCUGAGAACCGCGCUCCCAGGGACGUGCCGUACGUUUUUCAGCGUGGCGAGUUCCUGCAUGCGCUUCUCCACACGCUGGCUGGGGUGUCGGGAGCGACGGUGGCCAUGGUCCUGGUGUAUCCUUUGGACGUGUUGCGAACCGAGCAAAGUGUGAAGGGAAUCGGAGCCGGGACGCUGCGAGAUGAGGCGAUACAGAUUCUCAAGAGAAGAGGAUGGAGAGGCCUGUACAGGGGACUGACGAGCUCGCUCUGGGGUGUUGUGGUCAGCUGGGGAGUCUACUUUUUCGUCUAUUCCUAUGCGAAGGCUUCCCUCCAGAAAAGAAGCUUCGGUUCGAUGGGCAUGUCCAGCGUCAUUAUUGCCGUCGCCGCGGGAAUCUGCUCCACAAUUGCCAGCAAUCCUUUCUGGGUUGCAAACACCCGCAUCAAACUGGACGCUUCUCGCCGCUCAACCAACGUCUGGCGUAUGCUUGGAUAUAUUUUAAGGAAGGAGGGGCUGCGGGGCUGGUUUGCUGGGCUCCUGCCUGCCCUCAUGUUGGUCUCCAAUCCGGCGAUUCAGUUCGUUCUCUACGACUUCCUGAAGGACACUCUCAUGACAAUAAAAGAAAUACAGGCAAACCUCCGUGCCGGGGUUCAAUCUCAAGGAGAGAGCGCCCCGCAGCCGUCUGUUUUGUCUCUCUCUUUUCCGUCUCCCGCGUCUUCGCCUGCGUCGCCGUCCCACGAGGCCUCCGGCCCCCCGACCCGCCGCUCUGUCUCCGUUGCUGGGCAGAGGAGACCCGCGACUUUAUCGCCGUCUUUGCAGCGAAGCCGGCAGACGGUUUCGAUCACUGUCCAGCAGAAAAAAGGAAACGCACAAAGACAGAGCGGCGCCCUGUCGGGUGGAGAGGCGUUCGUCAUCGGCCUAGUUGCUAAACUGUGUGCGACUCUGGCGACGUAUCCGUACCUUGUCGUGAAGACUCGAGCGCAGACGAAGCUCCACAACGUCCACGACAAUUCAGCCUCGUUUCGGUGUCUCUUGACCAUUCUUGAGACGGAAGGCGUAGGAGGGCUUUUUGCGGGUUUGCAGUCGAAACUGUUGGCGACACUGCUUUCGUCGGCUGUCAUGUUUUCUGUCUACGAAACGCUUCGGCCCUCGGUUGAACAGAGCCUUCAGUCUCUCUCAGUUCCUCACGUCGCUAAACUGCGUCUGUCCCAGUUCUCUUCUGGUUUAUCAAAAGUGUCUUCUCCCAAUUCCUCUCGGAAGGGACACCCCAAAAAUCGCGGCUGA